AGAGGGACAGCCAUGUGCCGAGCGCCGGCAGUCCAGUUGUCCACUGUCCCUCGCGCGCGGAGUGUCGCGGCCUGAGGUGGCCAACUGGCCAUGCAGCCUCGGACUCGUGCGCCGUUGUCGCGUGUGCAGGAAGCCAGUCCCGGCACGCAGCUGUAGGCACACUCGCGGUCCUGGUGCCCACCACACCGGAGCUGUCAUCGAUCAUCGAUCAUCGACGUCAUCCACUUAACAAACAAAUAAUUCAUAAAAAAAAGUUUUACAACGUGUUUGCUGUUUCACGUGUUCUACAUUUUUUUUUUUUUUUACGUUUGGGUCAUUGUUGAGUUCGUCGGUGCGAAACCCCACGUGAAAACGCCACGAAUCAUUUCACGCGGAAUUUCUUCCUGGACUUAAAAACUCGGCAGGAAAAAAAAAAGGAAGUGACACUUCGCUUGUCAUUCUUCGAGUAGUGAUGCAGAUUGACUUUAUGCAACAAGGUCUGGAGCGCAUCGCCGAGGAGUUGAUGGGCAGGAGGAAAUGGCGGCAGUACCGAGGCACGGCUCUGGACCGGCCGCGCGGCGCGGAGGGGGACUGGGAGCCCCCGGGCAAGUGCGACCUGUGCGACGGCGUGGCCCGGCCUGAGGCCGCCGUGAUACAGCUGUCAGACACGGACAGCAACAGCAACAGCAGCAACAGCAACAGCAACAGCAGCAACAGCCAGAGCAGCUUCGGCGAGGUCCCCCCGGCUGCACCGCCCCCGAACCCCGUCGCGGACGCCAUGACGACGCUGGAGCCCGCGGCGGGCGAGGCGGUCCGCCCUGGACCGCCCCCCGCGCGGGCCUUCUACCCGCCCCCCGUGUUCGCCCCGUGGUACCUCCCGCCCGUCGCGGCCGGCCUCCCGAGGACACCCGGGCCGGACAUGCCCCUGGACCUGAGCGCCAAGGCCGCGGCAGACAGUCCCGCCCAGCAGUCCCUCCGGGUUCCCAGCGUCGACCACAAGCACAUCUUCAAAGCCAAACCACGCCUAAGUGCCCUGUCUGGCCGCAGGACGUACACGGAGGAUGAACUGCAGGCGGCGCUGCGGGACAUCCAGAGCGGUAAGUUGGGCACGCGGCGCGCCGCGGUCAUCUACGGUAUCCCCCGCUCCACGCUGCGUAACAAGGUGUACAAGUUGGCGAUGGAGCGCGAGCGCGAGGUGCACUUGCUGCCCGCGCCGGCGGGGGCGGUGCUCAGGGCGGACGACGAGGAGAAGGAACUGUCGGGCGCCGAGGAGGAGCAGGAGGUGGAGAAGGUGCUGAGGAAGCCCUUGCUGUCCGCCGAGGACCUGGUGCGCCUGCUCAUGCUGGAGAGCUCGCCCGACGCGGACGGGAGCGUCUCCCCGCCUCGCGGCACGGAGCAGGGCGCCCUGGGACCCUACCUGUCGCAGCUGCUGGCGGCAACCAGCCUCCCCAGCCCCCUCGUGCCCGAGAUGGUGCGGCGCAUGAUGGCCGAGGAGAAGCUGCUGGCGAGCGGGCAGGCCAGGAGGCGGGCGAGCGGCGGCUCGAACGGCGUCCUCCACCAGCCCGGCGCAGAAGGAGUCGCUCCUCCCGAGGUGGACCAGGCCAUGGACGUGGACGCCACCCCACCCAAUGUGAUACUGAAAAUUCCGUCCUUCAAGCCGGCUUCGAAAAAUGGGGUGUCUUCCAGCGGCAGCGGUAGCGGUAGCGCGGAGCCCCCGUUUUCGGAACAGUUCCCUUCGAACGGCGACCGCAGCCCGGGGAUCAUGCAGGACUCUAGUCAAGCCAUGAGCAGUAGCAACUCGUGUUCGCCGCCUAUCGCCAACCUCGUGGGCAAGGGGAUAGGGGUGAGUCUGAGGGAAGUCAUCGCCAAAAGCAUCAGCCAGAAAUUCCAGCACGGGGGCGAAGCCAUUUCGCCGUUGCCCCAUCAGCAGCAGAAGUUCUUAGGCUCGAAUGGGUUCGAACAGUCUCCUCUGGGUCGCGGCGAGUUCGUGUCCCCGCUGAUGUCGGCUUGCUCGACGGUCCCUGGCUCGGCGAUGAGGAGCCACUACAGCAACAACAACAGCAGCGCCCACGAGGACCGCAAUGCCCAGAGGUUGUCGUCACACAAACUGGCGCCGGCGGGGGGCGGGGCCUCCCAGGGCGGGGGCCCCCAGAGCGGGGGCGGGAAGGGCACUCGGCCCAAGAGAGGCAAGUACAGGAACUACGACCGAGACAGCCUGGUGGAGGCGGUGCGCGCGGUGCAGAGGGGCGAGAUGAGCGUGCACCGCGCCGGCUCGUACUACGGCGUGCCGCACUCCACGCUCGAGUACAAGGUCAAGGAGCGACACCUCAUGAGGCCGCGCAAGCGGGAACCCAAGGUGCAGGCGGACGAAUCCAAGGGCAAGGACGACCGCCUGAGGAUCGCCUCGCCGGACAAGAGCAAGCUGCCGUCCAAGCCCCUGAAGCCCGCCUUCCCGGCAGCUUCCCCGCUCGGCAGCGCCCAGAACGGCCUGGUGAAGAUGCCGCCGCUGUUCGACCCCAACUUGCCCCUGGGAUACCCGACCACUCCCCCUUUCCCGUUCUGGCCAUCCAACCCCUUUCAUCCGCUACCGAUGCCGGAGUACCCCCACGGAGUGUUCCGCUCGACGCAGGAACAGUUCUUCGCGACGCAGAUGAUGCAGCGGCUGCAGGAGGACUCCCCCCUCGCCCCCGGCCACUCCACGCCGACGGGUGCUCUGGGCAAGCACGCUCGCGAGAUAGCGGAGAGCCUGUACGACGGCAGCGGGGCGAACGGGAGCCUGCUGGACGGCAUAAUCCGGUCCACCCUGGAGAUGGGACUCCCCGUGCGGCUGUCGGGAAGCGGCGAGUCGGGCUCCACUCCGGAGCACAUGUCCAACAAGGCCCUCCUGGACCAGCUGUGUCGCAACAGCCGCCUCCCUCCCCUGUCGCGCCCUCCCGUCGACGGCGGCAGCUCCGACGACGACUCCGCGAGGAGGGUCGGCGAAAGGCAGAGCCGGAACACCGAGUCCGGGGCCGUCGCGGACGUCUGUCCGCCGGCGGCACGCGGCCAGAUCCCCGAAGACGAAGAUUCAAACUGUCCGGGAGCUUCUUCGCCCACGGACGACUCCAAAAACUCUCCAACCGUCAGUGUGGAGAACCUUAAGCCGUCGUCCUCUAGUGCGGGUGGCGCGAGUAGCGAAGACUGCGGAACGGCAGAUGAUGAAAGUGCCUGUGAUAGUAAGCUGAGUGUGCCGGGAGUUGAUGGUAAUGAUUCUGCCAAAGAAGAGCCAGAAAUGGAAACGGAAGAGGAAACCAAAUCAAAGAUGAUCAACUCGUCAACAGACUGAUAAUACUUUAUAGUAUUAAGCUGUAGGUAAUGAAGUGAAGUGAGAAUUUUAUUUUACUUUUUUAUUCUCAAGGUGUAUGUUUUUGAUCGCCUUGCGGUACUGAUUUUUUAAGUGUUGAGUGUUGUCAGUGAAUGUCCUUUGACAGCAGAAACAUUUGUUUUCAACUGGCGAAGAAAACUCUUUUUUCUUUUCUUUUUUUUAAUUUAGUUUAAUAUUCGAUAUUCUGCUUGAUUUGAAAUUUUACAUUUUUUUUUAUACUUCUGAAUGGUUUUAACGUAUAUUGAAAAUUCUCAAAUCUUGAUCUUUUCAAGAUUGACAAUCGUCAUGUUGCCAAAGCUACGAGAAAAAAUGUAUUAUAUUAUCAAAACCAUUUUGUCUCAUGUUAUAGUAAGGCUGUUUAAAAAAUUGUUGGAGAAAAUUAACCUGUAUACAUUCAUAAAAAAUGUUUAGAAAACUAUUUUUUUUAUCAGAGUUAAAAAAAUAUGUUCUGUGGUAGUUUCCCAAGAUAGUCAUCAAAGCAGUGUCAUUAUCAAAAUUGUGUCUGUUUCUAUGGUAUGUAAUUUUUAAAAUUAUAAAGAUUUUUAUAGUGUGUGUGUUCCAAUGUUCGUUGGCUAGUUGUGAUUUUUAACUUCAUUUUCCAAGUUGUAAAUUUUUCACAUUUUCACAAAUUUGUAUGUUGUGUGUGUACUUAAGAGUGCUUCACCAUAAUCACUAAACAGGUGAUAUUUUGAAAGUCAUUCAAAAAGAAACAGUUACAAAUGCCUUGUUACAUUAAUUAUUAAAUCACUCAUGAAUUAUUAAGUAUUUUAUGGGAGAAAAAAAUUGCAUUUGAAAAUGUGUGUAUAAAAUGGAAUACUAUAAAUUGUAUUAUACUCAAGGAAAUGCAAGUUUUAAUUCACAUCUAUAUUAUUGCUUUUAAUGAAUGUGUGAAGAUUUUGAAAUUGUAAUAAGUAGAACCAUAAUGUAAAUUUAUAUAAAGCUGUGUCUUUUUAAAUAUUUAAAUAUUCAAAUACAUGAUAAUUGUGGCUUGUGGUACUUUCUUUUAAACUAAAAACUGCAUUUCUCACAAAGUUUUUUUUUUUUAAAAUUAGGAAAAGUAUCAUUAUAAAAGCUUUUGUUUACAAGCAUUAUCUUCAACAUAAAAAUUUUAAUGAACAGCUAACAAAGACACAUAAUGCAGUUUAGGUUGUCAAUGACAGUUUAUUAAAAUUUUUAUUGGCAUUACCAGAAACAUUAAGUCACUUUUAUUAUGUAUUUUAAUAAAUAUUUGAAGAUGAAUAUUUGGAGAUAUAUGUCAGACUGCUUUGAUGUGGGGAGUAAAAUAGUUUUUAAAAAUCUUGGGAUUCUCCAAGAAUUGUACUGUCUGUGAUGAAGCCAAAUUUUGAAUGUAUAUUUUCUCUAUUCAUAUCUUAUAUAUAUAUACUAGACUAGUUUAUAUAUUGAUGAAAAAAAAUUAAUUUUUUGUUUCAUAAAAAAGUGCAAUUAGAAAUGGUACGACCUUAUAUAUAUUCAUACCAUAAAUAUAUAAAUAUAAUAUAUUUACAAAUUUAAGUAUGUUCUGCAAGUUAUGUAAGAAUAAUUGUGAAAGUCACAUCCGCAUCAGCAAAGGUAUUGUUUUCACCUGCAGUAACCCAACGGAUUCUUUUUUGUUUUCGACGUACAGCCAGAUAGUGUCUACAGCUUUCUUCCCAGUGAACAGACCGAUCCACUAGUGGAUCUCCCGAGCAGACAGUUAUUGCUUCCGCAGGCACAACUUUUCAUCUGGAAUCCUUACCGAGCACCAAAACAAAUUCCAUUUGUCCCCUGGUUUUCAAUUCAUUGAGCAUGGUUCUUUGCUUUUAACUUACGAUUUGCCGUUUUGGUUAGGUUGGAAAACUGUGAUAUAUGUUUUACUCGCAUGUAAAGAUUUUAUCCUUUUUUUAUUUGUUGGAAGUAUCAACAUUUUGUUUGUACUGAAAAAAAAAUAUUUUUUAUGAAAUUAUAAUUUAUUUGUUUACAUUGAAUUGUCGGCAAUAAAAAAAUAUAUAUUUAUUUUGUGAUCUUUGUGGUGCUUAAUUUUGUAACUCUUGUUUGUGUUUUGUAAUUAUGUCUAUUUUUAUGUUUUAAUUUUUUUUUGUGUGUGUUCAAAACCAAAAAAAAAAAGAAGUAAAUUUGUGCAAUUGUUAGUAAGGCAUAGCUAUCGUUACUGCUGGAAAGUUAUGUUCAAGAGGAUAAUGGUUUUUUUGUUACGUCCUGCAUGUUUUCGCUCACUACGAGUUGAAGCAGAUAUAGACCACAAGCAAGAUCAGUCUUCAGUUUAGAACCAAACAUAAAAAAAAAAAAAGUACAUUUUCACCCCCUGCAAUUCAACACACGUGUCUGCGUUCGCGCAUCGCUCAUUCUGUCGUACACAAACACGACAUACUCAUCGUGCCAGAGUAGUUUCUUUCUCAAGUUGCACCACGAAACUUUUACCGACGGGGAGAGAUAAAAAAAAAAGAGAUCUCAAGGCAGUUGGUUGAUUUUCGUUCCGACAAGACCGCUUGCCGGCCAAUCAGUGCAUUGCAAGUUGUAUUGUUUGUAGAUAUAGUGGUUGAUCGUCUGGAAGCUGAGCUUCCGUAUAGCUUUACUACAUAUAAUGAUUCCAGAGAGCAUUUUAAAAAUGUUCUUCUAUCAGUGUUUGCUUUCCGAACAAUUGUAAUUAUUUCAAGACUUCUUCAAACGGACACACCGUGUAGUGCAAUGUCAAGGGAAAAGUGUUUUUUUUUUUUUUUAAAUUGCUAUGUACAUUGAAAUUUUAUAGAUGAUUAAGUUUAGGUUUUACAGAUUUAGUUGAAUGUGAUUUUUUUGUAAGUUAUAUUAUUAUUAUUAUUAUUUUAUAAUUUGUUGGUAAGUGAUUUUCUUUUAAAAUUUUUAGUGGUACUGCUGCUUUGAUAUCUAAAUCACAUAUCUUCUGUCAAAUAUCUUCUGGAUCAGCAUGUUUGGAAACAAACUGAAUUUAUAAUUAGUAUGUUCAACUCUGCUCUUAACUAGCUGCUGAAAAUGCAGACUUCAGUCAUAGCUCAAGGUAUUGUUUUCUGUUACGUAACUGUACUGUUUGCGUAUCUUCAUCGGACCACAGUAGCUAGAAUGAUACGAGGGCUGUGAUUAUAUUAUUAGUGUUGUAUCCAACUUUAAAAAAAAAAACUUAUCAUUCCAGAAGGAAAUUAAAUUUUUAAAAUAUUAUAUAAUCUUUUUGCUAAAAUAACUUUUGAUAUUAUUUAGUUUUGAAAGUUGUUGAAAUUUUUCUUUGUACAAAAUAUGGCAAUGUGUUGUGGUGGAUACUUUUUUUAUUUUCACCUGUCAGGGCAUGGUUGAUGGAUGAUUUAUCCCCAGUAAGAAACUUUGUACCUGAACUAUAAUUUAAUUAGUUUUUUGUCACCAUGUCCUAUUAUGACUUGAUAAAAAUUGCAUUUGUUACUUUUGUAUAAAUGGCAUUUUAAAUUACCUUCAACAUUUACAAAAAAAAAAGUAUUUCCUAAUUGUUUGUUCCGUUUUUAAUUGACGUAUUUGCUGUAUUGAAUUUGUAAUAUUCAUUUUGUCGUGAAUUUUUUAUUUAUUUUUUAUUUUAUUUUUUACAAUUGUAAGUUUUAAACUUUAAUAGUCUUUUAAAGAAAGUAUUUACUUCUACAGAAGUAAUUUUUAAGUAAUACAUUUUGAAUAUUCUGUCAAGUUUCUUAAAAUAAAAUAUAAAAAAAAACAGUUUUGUUUUCUUUGCAAAAAAUUUCAAUUAAAAUGUAAACUGCAGUGGCCAUUUUACCACAUUUGUAAUUUUUCUGUUCUUAAAUUUUAAAAAAUUGCCUACAUUUUGUACAGAGAGCUUUCUUCUUAAUCCUGUAAUUGUUUUAUGUGGUGAAAGAAAUGUUUCAGCCUUCACUCAGUUGACGGUUGUAUUUUAUUUGUAGCACACGUUCAAAGAAACUGUAUCUUAAUCAAACAGUCUGUGUUCAACGCCACAUGUAUACUAUAUAUGCAUAUAUGUAUGUAUAUAUAUAUGGACCCUGUACAUUAUUCACAUUAUUCCAUUUCAUUGCAGUCUUUUCUGUUUGUUUUGUUAACGAAUGAAUUUAAUGUAUUCACUUUGUAUUUGCCUGUGUACAAAUCACUCAACAAUAGGUGUAAUACCGAUAGUUUAACAGUUGUUCAUUUUUAUAGUGUUAUGUGUUACAAAGUUACUGUUGUGGAGUUCUGUUCGUUACUGUAGCUGGCCAAUCGUGGCCCGAGACCGCUCAUACUAUUCCGUGUGACGCAACUGCGCACUUUGCGUUUGCGCGCGGGUGUCAAGUUGCCAAUUAGGAAGAGAACAAUCGCGCAAUGCGAGAAUUAGUUACAACUAGGAGCCGAGAUGGUUUGCAAUUCAAAAUUUGUGCAGUCACCCAAUUUCUAUUGAUUUUCCGAAUGGCUCUGCUAAGCUUAUCUGUGAGUGUAGAGUAUCGCCGAUAUGAGUACCAGCGAGAUGCAAGAACCACCAAGGAAAUAACAUUUGAAAUUUUUUUUUUCCAGCUCAAAUGGACUCGUAAAUGCUGCCUUAGUGUGCUUCAAGGGAUGUUUAUGGCUUAGUGUUUAAUGCAUGAUGAAAGAAAAAAACAUAUCAGUUUAAUAAUGCAGCAUGUGUUUUCUCCUUGGAAAUAGUUUUUUUUUUUUGCAUGAUAUCGCAGUCAUGUGCUCUUGCUUGUUAGUUUGACUGCAUCCUGUAGACGUACGACCUUGAUGAUACUUAUAGAUGUUGGUCCGUGAGCUGUAAUGCCCUUUCAACUGUAAAUAUAGCAUUCCCACACUCAGGUCUCUCAAGCACGCCAUCACGUCUGUUUUCUUAAAGAUGGGCAUCGUAAGUUUUCAUUUCCACACCAAUCCUGUUGCUCACACUAGCAUUUACGUCAGUUGUACCGGACGAAACGGCUUCGCUGGUAACGCCUAUCCGUGUUGUUUCACGAAAACCUCCGUGGUGUUAUCUCUAAGGUAUCAUACAACCAUAAUACGUGAAUAUCAUUAAAGAGAGAAUUUCUCCGAGUUUCGAACGUAUAGUACAUACGAUAUUUCUUUCGUGCUCAUAUUGUGUGUUUCAGAUAUUACAGAAAUGGACACUGGUAUUUUUUAAAUAUUUUUUUUUGUUCCUUGCUUUUUAUCUUUCAAAUUUAACAAUUUAUCUAUAGCAAAAAAAAUCAUAAAGCUAUACUAACCUAUCAAUUACACAUUUUAAGUAGUAAUUUUUUAUAUAACUUGGUGUUUUUCAUGUGUCUUCCACACACCCCGCCUCCUUAUUUAUUCUUAAAACUCAAAAAAAAAAUUGUGAUGAAAUGUUUCAAGGACAUUGCAUACUGUGUGUGAUGUAUGUAAACAGAGACAGCUGGCAAGCUUGCAUGGGCAGUUAAUUACGAGAAGGGUAAAACUGUGUCGUGGAUCAGUUUGUCCGCAAGCACUAGUAAGGAAGGUAAUGCAAGGACACUUUCUUUGCCAGAGUCGAAUGUUGGCACGCACACCGAUGUUGACCGGUGGGGAUACCGCAGAUUUGUUCAGUCCCAGGGCCGCCGCGGUAGUCCCAGGUAUAUGCUUUGGCAAUCCAGCGGUCGGCUGGUACCUACCGAGACCCGAGACAAGUGAUUGCUCUGUCCGUGAUGCAACCAAAACUCCAUGUUGGUCGGUGCUGUGUCAGAUGUUGUCGUUUCCCGUGUUGGUCUAAACAGUAACCGUACAGUCAAAACACUGAAGAGAAUUGAAACAUAUUUAAAAUUGUUCCAUUUUUGGUGUUGAAUUAUAAUGAGAAAGGUAGCCAUUAGUGAAAUGAUGUUUACUUUAUUAAUUAACUUCUUUAUGGAAUCGUUAUUAAAUGCCAAUAAUAUUUUCUCUUAAGCACAUCUAUGUGAAUACCACAGUAAGCACCCAAAAAAGUAGUUCUAUGCUAGAAAAAAAAAUUAUUUUACAGUAGAACUGAAAUGGUUUGUAGUUUUUUUUUUGUAGUUGUAACGUUCUAAACUGCUCUGAAAUAUAGUAGUUUUGGUUAUUGUUGAUUGGAGUGGAUUUUAGGUCAUGUUAAACACUGCACAUUACAUUAAGUUUAUUAUUUGUUGAUCCUUAAACAUUUACGAUUUUUUUUGUGUCACAGGAGUCAGACACCACUGAGUGUAAAUGACACUUUUAGAGGCUUCAAAUAGAGAUGCGUAAAAUAUUAUUGGCCCAUUCAUGAGAGUUAUAUAAGCCUUGCAACUUAGAAGAGUACGCAUCCUUUCUAGGACAGAAGUAAGAAGCAAAGUUUUGUUUAGGAAUGUGAUGUCAUAAAUAGUGUUUUUUUUUAAAUUUUGGUAGUACUUUAUUUAUUCAGCCAGCGAUCACCAACCUUGGAGAUGAGGUUUUUCUCUGCCCUGGGCAAACUGCGGGGUUGGUUGCAUAGUUUCUUCCGGAAUUUCAGACGUAUGAUUUUCCUUGUUUUUGAUUGCCCAGCGGUAAAUCGGGAUGUAUUCCAUUCCAACAACAUUUUGUUGAAGUAACCACAUAGCUCUUACCUGUGUGAUAGUAGCCAGCAUUCAAAGACUACUGUAUAUUGCUCAAUUACCUCUGUCUCUGUAGUUAACACGGCAUUUAAGGGGAAGAAUGUACAGGUGUGUGUUCAGGACACAGUCUUAUCUUAUAAGGCUCUCUACCAUACGUUCCCAUUUUUUCUAAUUUAUUCUUUCAAAAUUUCAAAAUUAUUUAAUUUUUUGUUACUCUUACUAACAGAAAUUAUUUCCAAAUCUUAAAUGCUACUAAAACACAGAAUGAAGACCUUGAGUUGUCCUGAAAUGUGUUCCAAGAAUAGCUGCCAGUGUCCAUUUCUCAUCAAAAAACAAUAAAUACAAUAUAUUUUAUACAUAUUGAUAAUGAAACUGUCAUUGGAUCCAUUUUACUGUACAAGUGUGACAUCACUAGACCAUUCCAACAUACGAACAUUGCAAGGAUUAUGGCAAUACAGGAACUGAUGAUACAACAUGCAUGCAUGUAUGAUAAAAAUGUUGAAAAGACAAAUGUUUUUACUCUGUGAUGUUUUGCUUUGUUAUUUUUUAUGUACAUUAUUUUCUUUUGUAUACAACAUCAUGCAAUAUUGUCAAGUUGAAAUAAAUUUUGAUUAAUUUUUUUUUAUUAUUUCCUUUCUUAUGUUUUUCCUGAAGUCUGAUGUGUAAUAUUAUUAAAAGUAUAUUUUUUUUAUUAAGUUUCUUGCUGUACACAAUGAAAGAACGCAUCUGUGCGUUCAGGCAAUAUAUAGCUUACCAAAUUCAUGCUGAAAAUGUUAGAAACCUUGUGAUAAUUAUUGGCUUAAUAUGCAAUAAAAUGCUGCAAUAAAUUGAGAAAUUUGUACUUGUACUGGCAUGUUGUGUCAGCAGAAAAAGCACAUUACAUUUUCAGUAAAGCUUCCAACUAAAGUUUUUACAAUGUGUUAGCUUGUAAUAUAAUCAAAUUUUUCACCACUUGUACCCUUCAGUCGAAGAUGUUGCAACGGGUGUUCGCAUAAGUAUCGGUAGUAUUGGAAAGAGACAAGGAAAUAUAUUGAAGUUGCAACCAAAAGGAGAAUCAUUUUCUUAAUUGCUUAUUCUGCCUGGCAGAACCUUUAUUGGGUAAAUAAGGAUGUACACUUGCUCUGACUUGUGGGUCGCGGAAUCAAACCCUAAAUAAUGUCUAAAGUAAUAAAUCUGUACGGUGACUAAAAUGUCUGCAUCUGAAAUUCUAAGAGGUCAAACUAUAAUGAGUAUGAAAAUUGUUUGUUCAGUGCAAAGUAGGGAAUGAAGUAAUCAAGGUUUGUUCAGCUUGUGAAAGUGAUCAAAACACUCUCACUGUCUCGAGCAAAUGCCUGUAUGGUCAGGAAUGUACAGAAAACUCAUUCAAGUGACGAACAUAAUCUUUACACAAUCUUUUAACGUCUUUAUAAUUUUUUUCAUUUAUCGGAAAAAAGGCACUCAGGAGCUUUUAGAAAAUCUCUUUCUGCUAUUUUUAGACAGCGUGAUGGGGGUCAGUGGUUAAAACCCAAAUUGCCACGCACCGAACCAGCACUUGGAGUCUCGACAUUCGCAUCGCCCGAAGCCUCUGUGGGUAACCGGGCAACGUCACGUUGUACCAUGACGUGGACAGUUGCCGUGUCGUGUAACAGUCGCCGUUCUGUUCAGGAUUACGUCGGCUGUGAUUACGGGGAACAGCUGAGCUUGCAGUAAACUGAGGACUCGAGAUAAGAAGGAAGUCAUACAGUAAGAGUAAAAUACAAGCGUGGUUUAGAAUGACGUAACUAAUUCACGGGCUACGAAUGUCUGAUCGUUAAUCACUGCCUCUCGCUUCAGUAAGAUCGCAGCAAAAGUCAAAGUCAAAUCCCUAGUUGUGGAGACAGCUAGCGCUGUAUCUGGCUCAACUUCAAGGUCAAUGAUUUUGCUCUAUCGAAAUUUUCCCUGGGAUUCUAACUCUGGCUUUCGCGCUAACUUCGACAAAGUGGAAUAAAUAAGUCAACGUGCUGUAUUAAAUUGAAGUUAGUAAAAUGCUGAAGUUCUGUCUAAAUUUUGUGUCCGUUUAUUCUCGCUCCAUCCUUUUGUUUCAUUUAUUCAACUAGGUUAUACCAAAAACCAAGUUUACAAAAUAUAAUUUUGAGAUGAUUAUAAAUUUUUUUCAUACUUUCUGCACGCAGUAACGCACAAAGGUAAGUUUCGUUUACAGUUUGGACUAGCAUUUAGUGACAGAAAACACAUUCAUAUGCUUAGUCAUGAAAGUACAACAUAGCAUAUGUUAUGCUAAGCAAAAUGUAAUCACACUGCUGGAAAGAAAAUAUAUUGCAGUUUUUGCUUUAAAAACCUUGCAUUUAAAAAUAUAAUAUAUAUUUGCUUUCACUGCAGACAUAUUAUCAUUUGAUGAGACAAAACUUUUAAAACAUCUGUAAUUAAGUUUACAAGUUACCAAAAGCUCAUGAAUUUUGUUGUUGCUCACAUAAUUUUCACAGGAAAAUAAGAAAAACAUUAAUCGGGGAUAUUGUUAGAAUUUUUUUUAAUUGGUGCCUGUAAUAUUUUCUAAAAAAAAAAAUUGACGGAGUGUGUGUUUUUUUUUCCUUCAACUUUUUGAAAGUGUUACGAAAGAAAAAGCAAGAAUUAUGAAACCAUAAAUUACACUGUAUUCUCUGUUGUGUUGCGAGGAAAUACAACUGUACAGUAUUCAUCGUGACAAGCCAGCUAUAAAAGUAAUCAUGUAGGAGCGAAAAUCCUGCGCUUGUCAGCCGGACCCUGGUUCGCCCAGCGAGAGCGCACAGGUCAAUGACCUCGCCGUCAUCCCAGCCAAUGCGAGGCUCCCAUUCGCUCGGACGUGGAACUGAACCAAUCCUGAACCAGACCUCACAAUGUUCCGCUUUUUAUUUCUUUUAGUUCCCUUUGAAACGUGCAGUAUCGUGAUCGGAUAUCAAGCCAGAAAUAAGUGUAAUGCGUUUGAUUUUUAAGUACCCUGAAACAGGGUCACUCGGAUCAGAAUGGUGAAUAUAAUCUAAAGUGGCUUACAUUAUUUUUUUGAAACAUACUUUAUCAGAAAAUAAUUAUAUGUACUUCUAAUAGCCACCGUUUUAUUUUAAAUAUAUAUAUACUUACAUAUACUUUUUGUAUAUACAUAUUAUAUUUCAAAUAUAAUGUUACCCACUUUUGAUUAUAUUCAGCCCUCUGAUCCUAAUCACUUCGUUUUACGGUAUGUCAAAAACUCCCCGACCAAUUUUGCGCACACACGAACGUAAAAAAGUCUGUUAGCCAUGCCUGCCUACUUACAAAAUUUUAUGAAAAUACAGUUAACUGUUCAAAAGUUAUCGUCGGGCAGAUUCAACAUACAAACAUACAUACGAACAAAUGCUGUUCACUCUGGUAGCUACAGAGACCUAUUCGCUCAUUCAAAAAAUGAAAAAAGCAAUUUCAAUGUAAAUGAAAAUUGGUGAAAUUUUUUUUAACUGAUUAAAAAGGAAAUGGAGUCGGUUAUAUCAAAGUGUUUUAAUGUAAAAAAAAAACUUUAAAAGGGCACUUAUCAGAAACUGAUAUUAAGUGAAGCAUACAAUGACAAACAUUUAUUAACUAAACACACAGCAGUAAUACGCCUGUAAACAGCGAACUUCUAAUCAUUCCCUGAGUUAACACUCACAACUCUCUACUGAAAGAACUUUGCAGGCCGUUAUUUAUGCGUUGCGUCAGAGCAAACGAUUAUUAUGCGACGCCCAUGUUUAGACAUUUCAAAAAUUGGGUUAUUUAAAAUUUUGUUUUAGAAUGUUUAGAUUUUUUAAGAGGUUCAAUUUUGGUUGUUCAUAUAUUAUUACAAGAUAUAUUUACAUAACUACUUUGAACCUUAAGAGACAAAAAAUUGCCAAUCAAAAUUGAUAGUAUUACAGCUUUUAGAAAAAGUUACUUAGUGAGCAAAUCCAUUCUUAACUAAUAUGAUUUUAACAAAAAAAAUUAAUAAUGAACAAUCUUGUAAAAAUUAUAGGCCUCUAUAUAUUGAAAAACAUAUAACAUAUUGUAUAUUUUUGUCUCAUUAAUAGCUUGUCAAUAUUGCAUAAUGAUGUUGCAUUAUUAAAAUUUAAAGAUUGAUUAUGAAAAGUUAUUUUUCUCAGUGUGAAUAAAUUUUUGUGUGUGUAAUUUAUUCAAAGUGACAUAUUGACAAUGUGCAUUUUAAAUGUGAGCACUUGAAAAUAAUGUUAUGUCAUAUGUAAUUAUGUAACAUUUUUCAAUGUUCUAAUUUACUUUCCUAAAUUUUUGUGCAAUUUUAAUUAAGUUUUAUUUGAACCAAAUUAUAUAUAUUUUUUUAAUGUUUCCUGUUAUGUAAUGUUUUUGGUAAUGUAUUGUAACUUAUUUCACUUGCUCUGAAGGAUAUGUUAAGAUGUAUGACCUACUUGAUUUUCUUUGGAGAUAUGACUUUUUGCAUAAGCAAACUUGCUCCAUUUUCACCCUUUUUGCAGUCAAAAUUUAAAAAAAAAUGGAAUACCCAUAUAUAUAUAGUCUACCUGCACAAGCAGGGUUUGAAGAUCAUAUUUCUUCUGAAACAUGCCGGACACGUUUAGAACAUUCUAGAAACUUCUGGAACAUUCUGGAAAUUAUAAGGAAAGAACCCUAUGUGCUCUCGAAUAUAUAGAAAAAACGAUCAGUCGUAAUUUUGGCAUUUCCCAUGCAGCCAAAAUGUUUAGGAUGUCUUUAAUUCCAUGCAUCAAGCAUUUGUAGAGUUUCCAGAAUAUUCUUUAUAAGAACGACAGCUAUUAGCUGGGUGUCAGCCUGGUACAGGAAAGUGGUUCUGUGCUGUCACACUAGAGAAAACUUCCUGACGUAGUUAUUUAUUCCCGUAAGCAAAGCAUCAAACAAAUUGAUUUGCUCCUUGCACUAAACAUUUCAGUUAUAAAAAAAAGUUCCAGACAAACAAUUUCGGUAAUAUUUUAAAAUUAAGCAACAUCUUUAAAUGGGUUCGAUAUUGUGUUUGCUAAGUAAGGGAGAAAUGAAUGCUUAGUUCUGCGAUAUUAUCAUCAAUCCUUACAGUAACGUUUGGUUGUGUCAAAUAAUUUUCCCCAUAAGAGAUGUAGAUAAUAUUUUGAAGGUUAACAAUUACUCAAAAGAUUUGAUGCCAAGUUUUCUAAGGGAAUUACAAAUUUUUUUUUGUCCUUCAACCCUUAUUUUUUGCUAACAAAAAUAUUUUUACAAAAGUUUUUAUUAUUGCCCUUAGGAGAUAUAAUACCUUCAGACAGAUGCAAUAUUUUUAAUACUAAAUAUUAAUUAAAUAUAUAACACUAGGGCUUCCCAAUGUCCGAACCUAGAACUAUCUGAACUUGACCGAGAUUAUCAAGUCCAAUUCUCAACUUUUGAGUUGGCUAUGGUUUUGGGACAUAGGGACAGUUAUACAGAAAAGUAGGUAGAAAAUUUUGGAUAAGUCAAACUAUUGUAUUAACUAUAUAAGGGGCUUUUCCUUUGGAAUCUACCUAAAAUAUAUAAUAUGUUCACUGUAAAAUACUACAAUAUUAUUUUAGCAUCAAACCUGGAAAUAUAUUCUUGAAACCAAAUGAAAUUACUGUAUUAAAAUUCUGUAGGUCAUUACAUGAAAAAUAUUUUCAUUUAAUUUAUUUUAGGUAGUAUUUCAGAUUGUGUUUUUAAUAUGUGCAGUCUUGGAUCUAUUUUAUUAAUUGUAUUAUUGAUAAACGUGAGCUGGUUAAAUAAUAUUUGAGUUUUCUGUUCAAAUUAACUCAUUUUACCCUCUAAUAAUAAUAAUAAUAAUAAUAAGUAUAUAAUAAUAAUAUUUGUUUUGAAAUGAAAAACUCAUUGUGUACCAACUUCUUUAAAACUUGCUGUACAAGUCUCAUGUGGUCAGCUGUGUGUGCAUAAGACAUUGCCAAAAAAUUAAUUGAUGAACCCUUUAGCAUUUAAUUACCAAAAUAUUGCUGCAAUUUGGUUUUUCUAAUGUUUUAAUGUAUUUUUUAUAGCUAGGUGGCAUAGAAACAUUUAAAUGCCAUUGAUGUUUAGGACUACAUAUUUUAACUAGACAUUUGUUCAAAUUAUACCAAAAUACUCCUAAUGGUGAGGCCCAGUUCCAUACAAGAAUUAAAUAAGUAUACGUAAUGUAGAACAAGUUUUAGACUACUUUUUUAUAACUUUUUACCUUCACUAAAUUGUGCAAUUAAUUCAAUAAAUGAUAUAAAAAUAGUGCUACUCCAUUAGCAUGCGGCAAAAUAUGUCAAGAAUGAUUUAUUAAAAUUAAAAUACCCCUAUUGUGCUAAAUUAAUAAACAUGUUUGUCCACGACACAUUCGUUGAUAUUUAACACUAUAAAAAUUAAUAUCGUACAAUUUUUAUUUAUGUAGGAUGAUACAGUAGUUUAUACAACAACAUUGUUUGGAUCAAUUAUGUAUUUAUACCUAUUUAGCAUAAGAAAUGAAAAUUGGCAUGAAUUAUGUUGGGCAGAUAGGCUAACUCAUGUAAGUCUCCACUAUGGAGACCUACCAUAUUGAUAAUUUUUUGUUGAACCCACAAUUAUGUAUUUUAUAAUUUCUUAUCAGUUUCGUUACUAACUAUAAAACAAUUUUACGGAGUGUGACAUGUAAUUUUCGUUCAAAAUCCAUCUUUACUUGAACCAUUCAAGAAAGUAGCCAAGUGUCCCACAGACAAAUCAAUCGGGCUUUUUUUGAAGCUGUAUGUUUUCGUAAAAACUAUACAGCUGCAGCUUGUAAUACUGAUGUGUCACAUCACAAUUUUAUUUUUAAAUUUACCACACAUCUGGUCAGACAAACAUAGUAUCGAAGAGUAAAUGUGUUAACCAUAGUGUUGAUAGCACAAUACCCAAUUUUCUAGUGAUCAAAAUUUUAAUUGUAAUUGGCACCAAAUCAUUUUUUUAAAUAUUAGCUUUCUAUUGGGAAGACUGAAAUUGUGUGUUUGCAAGUCCUUUGGUUCAAUUGUAGUCCAAAAUUUUUAAACAGUUUGGCUCUUAGAUCCCAGGUUUUACAAUAAACCUAUUUUAAACAUUCAAAAAUACAUGUGUACUUAGGCCUAGACACUAAAUCUUUCCCAGCAAUUUAUUUCAGAAGUUUUUGGAUGUUAAUUAUUUAAAUCGUAGAAGGCCAAACCAUUACUAGUGAAUUAGCAGGUUAAUUAUGCAGUGGUUAAAUUUUCACUAACCUACUUACAGAGUGCAAAUAUUUAGUUAGUAAAAAUUGAAGCAUAACAGAUUUUCAUAUCAUAAAAAGAUUAUAAAAUGUGUGUUUAUACUAUUUUUAAUUAAAAUAAACAUAAAACCUGUUUUGAAAUAAAACAUGAAUUGCUAAAGUUUGGUUGGAAUACUAAGAAAAUUAAGACUGAAUUUUUAGCAGUAUUGCAGUUGAUAAAAAAUGUUUUGAAAAGAUAUGGUUGUUAGUGUGAUAUUUAAUAGUUUUAUGUUGUGUAAUUUUUGUAAUAUAAAAAAAUUGACUUGUCCGGACAAUUAUAUUUCUUAAAAAAGGAAAUUUUCAUAGUAAAGCAUACUUUUCAAUUGAAAUUUGUGUCUCUCAAAAAUUUUCUCACCGUGAAAAAUAUAUAGAAUUUUCAUGUAAAGUUGUUAGAUUUUUUUAUAAUCAAUGUUACAUGUACACGAUAUUUUUAAUACUUCACAGAAAUUAGUUAUCUGUAUGUAAAUGAUAGUUCUGUAGCAUUUGGUGGCCUUCAGAGCAACAUGCAUUGCCUAAGUGGAUCAAUGUGGUUGUAAGCGUCAUUUGAAGCUGGCUUCUUUAGACUAAAAUUACAACUUUGUUAAAAAAAAUAUUUAAUUCAAACCAUCUAGACAUGAUUAUCUUUUAUGUAUUUCUGAUUACUGGAAUGAUUAAUUUUUAGAGUGUUUUUUAAACAUGCUUUGUAGUACCGUAAAUGCUGCAUUUUUUUGUGUGUUGUUAUAUGUACACUUUGUACCAUAUCAUUGUUUCCAUCAUGCUCCUUGCAAUGUGGGACCAACAUAUUGACUUAUAACUCCAUUGUGCAUUUUUUCAAACUGUGUGAAUUGCCAUGUUUACAUUUUGCCAUUUAGUGAUGAGUGUAUUUGUACUGUUUUAAACUAAAAAAAUAAUACCUAAUUGUAGAAUACUAAUCAAUACCUUCACCAGUACAGUUGUUAAUAGAGAAAAACUGCUUUUAUCAAUAUGAUUGUUACAGUGUACAUUUCUUGCCUGACAAUAUAUAAAUGAAGUAAAUAUUAAAAUUUUCAAUGUCUGCCUUUUUAAAUGUUUUCUAUUUGUGAUAUUGUUUUUACUAAGAUCUGUCAUAAAUUUUUGCUUAGUGUUAUCAUCUAGUAGUUAUUUCUGAAAUACUUUGAAAAACGUUCAGAUGGUUAACUCUAUGUCAAAAAAACUAAAUUAAAAAACCAGAGAAUGAAAUUUUUUUAAAGAUAAGUGAUAAACCAUUAUUUGGUGUAAAAUAUUGUAUAUGCUUACAAAAAAAAUUAUAAAAAAAUUAAUCAUUUUCUGCCUUGUCGAAUCAUUGAAAAUGUCUGAGGUUUAUUAAAUGUAUUUUAAAACUGUCGAGUGUUGUUUUGAUGGAUUCAAAGCUGCCAUGUUUUGGUGUCUAAGUAUAGUGUGUUUGGAACAUAAUGUGGGAAGUGUUAUUUUCUGAAAAUAUAAAAAAAAUUGAUAAUAUUGUAUAUUUAUAUUGUGACUUUGGAGUAAAUCAGUAUUUAUUACUGUCAAAA